UACACCCAGAAACAAAGAAACAAAAAGCAAGUCACUGCUUACAACCUACCCCGUUUUUGCUCUCCCCAUCAAUCUUAACACAUCCAAAUUAUGGUUUGUCUGAAAAGUGAAAUCUGAAAUACCCAUUUAGCUAAACCAACCCAGAAAGUCAGAGAAACACAUAAAAACAACAGUAAACUCACAUAAAACAAAAACAUAAUCUUUUUGUGUUUUUUGUUUUUGUUUGUGUCAUUUUCUCAGUUCCCUCCAUUCUCCACCACCUACAGUUUCUGUCAAGAAAUAGUCCUUCUGCUCCUAAAGAUCAAGUUUUGAGAGAGAGAGAGAGAGAGAGAGAGAGAUUGACUCAUGUAUGAACCUGAGGAAACAAAAACAAUGUGAGAGAUAAGAGGGAUAGAGAGAGAGAGAGAGAGAGACAGAGACACAGACAGAGUUCUUAGGAUGAGCAAAGAAAACAUUGGCAUUGUGAAGGCCUGGGAAGCAACAGUGCGGAAAUCACAAGCUAUUGCAAAGAAAAGAACACCCAUGUCUGUAGCACAUGCUGAUGAUGAUGAUGAGCCUGAUGCAGCAGGUCCAUGCCAUGCCUACCAUGCUGAGAGGGUACUCUCCAAUGGGGACUUCUAUACAGGCCAAUGGAUUGACAAUUUCCCACAUGGACAUGGUAAGUACCUCUGGCCAGAUGGGUGCAUGUAUGUUGGUGAAUGGUACAGAGGCAAGACCAUGGGGAAAGGUAAGUUUAGUUGGCCUUCUGGUGCCACCUAUGAGGGUGAGUUCAAGACUGGUUAUAUGGAUGGUAGAGGGACUUAUACUGGUUCAUCUGGGGACACAUAUAGAGGUUAUUGGGUGAUGAACUUGAAGCAUGGACAUGGGACUAAAAGCUUUUCCAAUGGAGAUUACUAUGAGGGUGAAUGGAGGCGUGGAUUGCAAGAUGGACAAGGGAGGUACCAAUGGAAGAAUGGGAACCAUUAUAUUGGGCAGUGGAGAAAUGGGGUUAUGAAUGGGAAUGGUACAAUGAUUUGGAGCAAUGGGAACAGGUAUGAUGGGUGUUGGGAAGAUGGUUGGCCUAAAGGGAAUGGGACUUUUAGGUGGCCAGAUGGGAGUUUUUAUGUGGGGGUUUGGAGUAAGGAUACUACUGACCAAAAUGGUAGUUAUUAUCCAUCAAUUAAUUCUAAUGGGAAUUUGGAUUGGGACCCCCAAGAGGUUUUUGCAGUGGAUUUGAAUGAUUGCCAGAUUAGUCCUGGGGAGAAAGUGUCCAUUUUUCCUUCUCAGAAGAUGGUGAAUUGGCCUGGUCUUGAAGGGGAGCUCUUCCAGAAGAGGAAAGGUUAUGAUGCGAGUGUCAGGCCUAGGAGGGAGUCCAUGGAUGGAAUGUUAAAUGAUUAUUUUUGGGGGAACGGUGAGGCUGGCAGUGUCAAUGGAGUUGAGGGAUUGGGGAAUCUUCAGCAUGAGGAGUCUGUUAAGAAAGGGAAUGUAUCACAACUGUUAAGACUAAAGCCGGUGAAAAGACCGGGGGUGACAAUAUCUAAAGGGCAUAAGAACUAUGAGCUCAUGCUCAAUUUGCAGUUAGGAAUCAGACAUUCUGUUGGAAGGCCUGCUCCAAAGACAACCCUUGAUUUGAGGGCUUCAGCCUUUGAUCCCAAGGAAAAAGUAUGGACAAAAUUUCCACCAGAAGGAUCCAAGCACACUCCCCCUCAUCAGUCGUGUGACUUCAAAUGGAAGGACUACUGCCCAGUUGUUUUCAGGACUCUUAGGAAGUUGUUCAAGGUAGAUCCAGCAGAUUACAUGUUAUCACUUUGUGGGAAUGAUGCCCUACGGGAGCUCUCAUCCCCUGGAAAAAGUGGAAGCUUUUUCUACUUGACCAAUGAUGACCGGUACAUGAUAAAAACCGUGAAGAAAGCGGAAGUAAAAGUGCUCUUACGGAUGCUCCCAGCUUACUACAAUCAUUUCCGGGCCUUUGAGAAUACUCUAGUCACAAAGUUUUAUGGUCUUCAUUGUGUCAAACUGACAGGAGCUUCCCAGAAGAAGGUUCGAUUUGUCAUAAUGGGAAACCUGUUCUGCUCUGAGUAUGCAAUUCACAGGCGGUUUGAUUUGAAAGGUUCUUCCCAUGGUCGUACAACUGAUAAACCUGAUGCAGAGAUUGAUCCAACUACCACCCUUAAGGACCUUGAUCUCAAUUAUAUAUUCAGGUUGCAGAAAGUUUGGUUUCAAGAGUUCUGCAGGCAAGUGGACAGGGAUUGCGACUUUCUUGAACAGGAGAGGAUUAUGGACUACAGUCUAUUGGUUGGUCUUCACUUCCGAGAAACUUCAUCUAGGGAGUGCCUCACACCUAGAAGCCGUACUUCUGGAAACGGAGACUUUGACAAUGAAGGAACGCCUCAACUUUCUAGAAUAGAUAUGGAUCAGCUUCUUUUGGAUCCUACCCGGUGGGCAUCCAUUAAAUUAGGUAUAAACAUGCCAGCACGGGUUGAGCAGACAGUCAGAAGAAGUGACUAUGAUACUCAGCUGGUUGGAGAACCAACAGGACAAUUAUAUGAUGUUAUCCUUUUCUUUGGUAUAAUUGACAUACUACAAGACUAUGAUAUUAGCAAAAAGCUUGAGCAUGCAUACAAAUCAUUCCAAUACGACCCAACUUCAAUCUCUGCUGUUGAUCCUAAGCAAUACUCAAGACGCUUUCGUGAUUUCAUCUUCAGAGUUUUUCUAGAAGACACUUGAAACUAUAGAGGUUGACCCAUAUUUUUCAAUUUUCAGCUUGUGGCCAUCCGUGUACAGUUGGUUUUCGAAGGAAAUGACAUUACUUAACAGAAAGAGGUUACUUAUAUUUUGGCCAUUGACUAGCUCAUUGGAUUGGAGGGUGUUUUGUGGUUGCAAGAGAUACAUGCUUUGUAACAUUCUGCAUUGCAAUUUUCCCCUCAUCAUCUUUUCAAAUUAUAGUUACAAAAGUAUGAUAUGUUCAAGGUAUAGAUUAAAGUUUUAACCAGAGCUUUUUAGCCUCUUCCAAUUGUAAAUGAAUUAACAAAAGGGUGAAAUCUAUAUUGGAAUCAAUUCUUUUUGUAUCCAAAUUUUUCUAUAAGGUGAGGAGUCUUCUGAAU